AUGUUAGACAGAUCGGCCUUGCGAAUGAAGAAUUUAAAUUGCUUUAGGGAUGAGAUAUUUCUUGCUUCAGACGAAAGUUUGUUCCAUAGUUUAGGUCCAGUAUAGCGAAGGGAGUGCUUUCCAAAGUAACAGUCGAAAAUCGGGGGGAGAAUAAAGUCAGCGCUUCUCAUAUUAUAGGGUGUAAAUAAAUCCUAGAUUCUCUGUGGUAGAAGUUUCAACUUUACUUUGUACAUGAGGAUUAAAAUGUCUUGUAUACGUCUGUUGUAUAAAGAGGGUAAGUUGGCUUUUACUAGCAGUUCUUCAUAACCAGAUUGUUUGUCAUUGAAUGUCGUCCUAAGCCCUCUUUCUUGAACGCGCUCCAGUUUCCUCCUGUCACUUUCCCUACACUGAAAAGUGCCAGGUUAAAUGGCCAUAGGUUAGACGAAGAAGUAUGGCCGCUUUGUACAGUUGUAGCUUCGCGGCUGUUGGUACGAGGAUUUUUAGCCUCAUGAGAACCCCAAUCUUUCGACUAGCUUGAAAAUUUUAUCAAUACUAAAUGUCUUCGGCAGAGUAGAUGAAAAACGUUUGGUGAUAUCAAAUUAUUGGUAAGUAGUUUACUAAGACAUUUUACUUUGGUCAAAGAAAACACUCCCACAGUUUCAUUUUCACGCGAAUCUGGAAAAUUUAUAAGCAUGAGAUAUAUAUAAAAUCUGUUUCAUAAUUAUAAGCUUUACCUUACUAUUUACACCCGUUCUGCUGCAGCUCAAAAACUCGCAUGAUAAAUAACGAAUUUAAAGAUUAAUAUAAUUAUUUUUAUCAUUGUUCUUUUGAACAUUUUGGCGUCCUAAACAAGACUUUUAGUUACUGAUGAGUAGAUAACCAUAUUUCUUAACUUUUUUGUCAAAAAUAUGGCCAAGAUCCUCAGUUUUUGCCAGAGAUACUUCUCCAGAAUACCAACUUUAACUUUUAGAAAUUCGAAUGUGUUCUCGGUAUUUAUUCCCGACUGUUUAUUGCAAAACACAGUUUGAUCGGGUUUUAGGUCUUCAAGGUCCACACACGCGGAGCCCCAUAUCCAUCCUAGAAAAUUUGGUAAUCACUUGACCAUACACCGAGCGACCGUCCGUCCGCACCACAGGCAUACCAAUGUAAAAUAAUUCAAUCAACAAGUAUGGCAACUCGAGGCUAUUUUGGCGGGAAAUUGCAUAGCCAUUCGCGUCUUGUGAAGCAGAGACAACUAACGAGUCAAUAAAGACGAAAACGGAAAGCGGAAAUUGUUUCUGUAUCCGUGUUGUCUAAAGUAUUAAGCUUAGAUAAAUUGUCAUCUCCACAAAUUUGGAAUACAGAGAAAAAGAGAAAGUAGGCGACGGAACAGCGAAGCUCAACGGGGGGCCUUUUUUUUCAAGCACUCAAACGUUUGUUUCAUUUGAUUUACCAUGCAUUUAUCUCUUGUGAAAUUAGCCUCAGACAAUUAGUUGUGAACUUUGGCAGACUCAACAAUAUGUACAGAUGGGAAAUACAGUUUCGUCAAAGCAAACAAUGACGUGCGGUAUUCCACAAGGAAGUUCCCUAGGCCCAGUAUUAUUUUUAAUCUACAUAAACGAUUUACCAACCUGUUCAAAUGCUCUAACAUUUAGAAUAUUUACAGACGAUACAAAUUUGCCUCAGCCCGCAAACUGAAAUAUCUUGAGGAAAUAGUUAACUCUGAACUUAAAAAAUUGAAAAUAUGGUGUGAUGUAAAUAGAUCGUCAAUUAAUUUCACUAAAACAAACUUCAUGAAAAAAAGAUGACCAAGUAAGUAUCAAGAUUGAAAGUGCAGAUGGUACAAUAAAUGUGUUGCAAAGGAAGCAAAAAAUAAAGUAUCUAGGUGUCUUGCUUGAUGAAACGAUGUCUUUCAAUCACCAUACAUCUGUACAAGAAUUGCGCGAAACAAUGGUAUUAUAUCUAAGUUGAGACAUCAUCUAACUCUUCUACAAAUGAAACAAAUCUACUACAGCUUAAUAUACCCAUAUAUCUCUUAUGCAAUAUUAGCAUGGGGGAGUGCAUACAAAACACAUAUUGAUAAGAUACAAGCUAAGCAAAAUCAUUCUGCUAGGCUUAUUUUCUUUGCCACCACUUAUGGUGAACACACAGAAAGUGCACUUCCCCUACUAAAUUUAUUAGACGUUCUUACGGUACAUAAUGUUAUCGAUUUCAGAUUCUAAAAUUCACGUAUCUCUCGCAUAAAGGCCUCCUGCCAAAGCUGUUCUCAAACUAUUUUCAAUAUGCCAAUAAUGUCCACAAAUACAAUACCAGAUAUGCAUCGAAACAGAAUCUUUACGUAAAAAUAGUGCGAACUAAUACGGGGAAACAAACAAUCGGAUAUGCAUGUACCAUCUGGGACAAAAUUCUCAUAACUUCUAAAGAACUAAACACAUAACAAUUCCAAAAACAAUUGAAACCUUAUUUGCUGUCAGAACAACAUAGUUAACAUAACUUAAGCAUAUACUCUUUCUUUCUUACAUUGUAUUUUAAAACUGCUUCUUUGUUAAUAAAUUCUAUCUCAAUUCUCUAAAACUUUAAAUUCUGGAGAACUGGCUAGAAAAUCUUAGGAUUAUUUCAGCUCCAGGCCUUAUUAAGUACAAAUAAAUAUAUAUAUAUAUAUAUAUAUAUAUAUAUAUAUAUAUAUAUAUAUAUAUUUUCUCUUUCAUGUGUGUAUGUAAUUAAUUAAGUACAAGGCGAAUAAAGGUAUCGUUGUUGUUGUUGUCGCAACAAGCCAGUAUAAAAACAUGUACGAGAAGUUGAGCUCAACAUGUUAUAUAUUUUUUUCAUAUUGCCCUUGCAUAUUUUAAGGUCUGUUAACAUUCCAUUUCUUUUUUGUUACACUUAACUUCCAGGAAUAAACAAAUUGGAGAUAAUUUCUUUCCUAGCGAGCAAUUCUUUAACGAUGUCAGUUACUCACUUACGUUGAGUAAAAAAAAAGAACACAGACACUAAAAAAGACACAAGAAUUCGUAAAUUCUUUCGUAAGACCAUGUUGUUUACUCCUUACACCUUUACCGGCAAGAUUAUUUGUCACUUCAAAUGACACAAUGCAGACCUAACGUCAGAAGUAACUUCUAAAAUGUGACGUCAAAAUGAAGAGUUUGACUCCUUAAUGUCAGGUUUUAUUUCCAACCUUAAAAUGUAUGCAACUUGCCCAGGACCUGUGCGUCUUUAAAUUGGUAAAAGUCAAACAGAAUUUGUUUUUGAAAGUCAAAACACGGUUAAAUUGAUGAUUACACUCAGGCAAAGCCUACGCCAGUUUUCCUAACAUACGACAGGGGUUUCAUAUUCAACAACAACUUUGCUGUUGGAGACAAAGUUGUUGUAUAUGCACGCUACGAUCUCAGAAGGAAAUGCAAUCUGUCGUUAUUGGUACGCAGUUCAUUAUAACACCAAUUUCGAUGGGCCUGUAACAUUGAACAGCAAUCAGAUUCUUACGUCUCUCCAAGGACAAGUGAGAUUUUAAAACGUUAACUUCUCUUAAAACACGAAAUCGUAGCGUAUUUUAUCCAUCAGUCAAUUGAAACCCCAGCCGCCCGACCCCCGGGGCAUAGCGAUGAUGGACCCGGGAACCCAAUCUGAUUCCCGAUUUCGCACGUUUUUAGAUUCAGUAACACAUAUGCAUACCUUUCAUCAGCUGUGUCGACACUAUAAAGACUUCUUCCCCAAUUCAUUUUGCCCAGGAUAGCAUCAAAAACUGCAUUUGAAAUUAACAGAGCGUUAAAAGCAAUAAACCUUAAGGUUAUUUUUAAUUUUCUAAUGUAGGUGUGAUAUGCUUGUCUUCAUUUUGAAGUAUCUUGCCGCGAGUACCUGUACAAUCUUGGAUUGAAAAUACUUGUACUGUUAAAUUGGAACAUUGCAAGUAAAUUUACUAACUUCACCAGGGGUCAUGAAACUUCUUUUGGUUUCAGUAUUAUUAGUAGCGUAUGGUGCUAUCUUUGUUUUCACCAAAGGUAAGUUUAAGAACAUGAGUCGAGCAGUAUUUAAUAUUUAUUUGAUAGUAUUUUAUUUCAAAUCCUGGACUUAAAAGUUUAGCGUACUGCUUACUGAUUAUAUUAAAGACAAUAUUAAUUACAUCGGAAUUUUUCAUUCCAUUUUUAUCGUUCAGGUUAAAUAGUUAAAUAGUUUUAUUGUGAAAGAGGCAAUGUCACUUCACUAGUAUUUCUUUGUAAUAAAUCAAGAGAAUAUGAUUGAAUCAAUAAAUAAACUGUGGCUAAACUAUUCGAUAUUUCGUUUCAAACUACACAUUACACUUUUUCGCUGCAAAUAGCAGGUUUCCAAAUCAUGAACCUAGCUCUUCAAGCCUCAAUGAAUUAAGAACGAAUUCGAAAUACAAAUUGAGUGCACCCACAUUUUUAUUGGUUAUCCGGCUGAGGACCAACGUCAAACCAAAACGUCCAUGAGUCUUUUAAUAUGAAAUACAUUGCAAUUCAAGUUCUAAAAAUUUUUAUUAAAAAACUUAAAGUAACAAAAUAAAAGAAAUUGUUUCUUCAUCUCACUUUAAUUGAUAUUUAUUCAUUCUUUGGCAGCACGGUAUCUAACCGUAGAUUUGCUGUCCGUGCUUUCAAUUCAAUUCGUCAAAAAAAACCAACCCAACAGUACAAAAUGAUUUUUAGGGCUCAGAUCAAUUUCUAGCUAUCGCUUAGACCACGGUUAUACCAUAUACAGGUGUGUUCCAAAUACCCCACGUCAUUUAGCCGGAGGUUUCGUCGCCCAAUGGCGGAAAGAAAAUUUAUUUGCGGCAAAGCAGCCAGGAAAAAGAAGGAAAACUGAAACCUUUUCGUUCCUCUUUCCCAUUCCUCUCACGGCUUCGUCACAGAUGAAGUCACGCAGCUCUGUGUAGAAUAAAUUCGUUUUUUCAAAGAUCAGUUUUUUUAGAAUUCUUAAAUUGAAUAAAACUGAGGUCAAUGAAGCCGAACAGGACAUUCUUGUUUAAAAAGAACGACGUACGGUUUCACUUAAGUGAAACACAAUAAUGGCCUGCUGGUUGUUAAACAAUGGACAGGUGCAUUAGAUCGGGUGAUGCCCUCACUCAAAGACUCAAAAAAUGCUAACCUCUUGCUAUACGCUCGGUCAUUAUUUUUAAGAGGGCCCCGGGGCUAUAAAUUUUAUCAUAACAGAUAAAAUUUGUAUUUGUGUCUCGAAUUAUUUGACACGAAACUCCCAUUUAUAUACAUCCAAAAUAGAAAAAUGUGACAUUGCAGUGACAAAACCAAGUAGAACCAGACAAUAUUGAUAUUGUCAAAACUUCACCCCCAAUUUCGCACGUGAUUGAUCAUGUUGACAAUCUUUGAAACAUCUUACAGGCAUAAAGAGACACCUAUACGAAGGGGACUUAUUACUGACGGCCCAUGAAUACAAGGUGCUUAAAACUAGGACCCAAGGACAUAAACGAGGUUUCACACUCGGUCGCAGGUGGCCUGAUGGGCCUGAUGGCCCCAUGAUCCCUUUCCAGCUGGACAGUGAUCUAGGUAAGUUCAGUUGUACUAGAGUUUUAAAAGGGAAAAUCUAGGAGAGUUAAUUACUGGCCAUCCUUGUCUAAUUGUGCUUUAAAACUCGUUUUGCACUCGGCUUUUUUUUGAGAGGAAAACUGCCGGGGUCGGCUAUAACUGCUUUUCUUAGAUCCGUUUACGCCUGUCCGGACAAUUUUUUUAACCUGGGCGACCCGUUUACUCGGAACUGUGCACUUCUGUCACAGAUUACAGUGUUGUUGCCAGUGGCGGAUCCAGUGAAGGAGCCCGAGGGGCCGCUCCCCCCUCCCCACCUUAUUUUUAGACUAAAAUGAGGCCCGAAGGGCCGAAAACAAUUUUUUCUGAAAGUCUGGAUCCGCGACUGGUUGCCAUUCAAAAACUUGCACGGUUCCGCGGGUCCCGUGUGAACAAAAGACGGAUCUUUGCAAGUUUUGGUCCGUUCCAAAUUUGUACAUACCCAUGUAGAAUCGUUAGGAAGGAUUCCCUACCUUAUAAGCGGACUGUUGCGGGGUUGAGAUCUUUCUGUGAGAGAAUAGUUCUUCAAAAGGGGUUUGAGCGCAUGAUGAAAUGUUACUUACUGUUCUUUAUUGUCGAAGAGCUAGAGGAUCGACAUAACCACAGAAAAAGGUAGAGUUAACUUGAUUUUAUUAACCGUUGCCUUUUGAAGGGAAGAGUUCGAAGGCUGGUGACGCAAUUGAAGGAGCCAUGAAAGAAUGGGAGAAAAAAUCGUGCGUGAAAUUUGUACCUCGGUCCAACCAAAGGGUCUACAUUACGUUUGUCCAAGAUAAAAGGGAUCGGUAAGUACCAAGAGAUGAUGAAGUACUUAUGGUUUUUUUCUUGAAAGUACAUAUGUCUUACAAGUCAAGAAAAUGGUGUACCGAUUGGCGGCAGUGUGGGGCUUGGCGGGAUUUUUGUUUCAUCAGUUUCUUAAGCUAAUUUUUCACGAGUCCUUUCAGAAAAGCCAAAUACGGAUUAUAGUUCCAUUUUGAUAUAUAAAUAUAGUAAUAUACAUUUAGGAUCACCUCUUGUAAGCGACCACUUAUCCAAAACACCAAAUAUUUUCGCUGUCAAAGCCUUAUAGUUGGAAACUCUCUUAGACGUUGCUAACUCUCGUUAGAGUUCGCUUCCACUUUUUACUAUGAUUUCUUUAAAACUUUGCAUUGUUUGCUACUUGUUCUGAACGACCUUUUGAUACAAUGGUCUGAUCUUUGUGAUCCCUUUAUGUACUACGCUGCUCAGAGUGUAUGAAGAUCUUUAUUGUAACCUAAAAAAUGCAUGCUAUACGUUCUCUCCAAAAAGUAGAUAUGUUCGGACUUGUCCUCGUAAAAUACUUCCUGCAGUUGAACUCUCGAAAGGGACCACUAACUCUUCGCAACUUGGGUGGUCGCUUACGGGAGGUUCGACUGUGGCAGAACAUUCUAUGAUGAGGCGAGUCCUGUGUUUCGGUAAGCUACCCGAGCGGGCAAGAGCGGGAAAGAUAGGCCUUUCCUUUUCCGCCACAAAAUAAAUCCCAUUAUCGACAAAGUUUGAGCGGGCAAGAUGGUUGGAAACGUCUUACAAGUGCGUGAUUUGAAGCUCGGAUGAUUCUUUUGUAUUAUGCAUAUCUGUGAUUACAUUGUUCGGAAAAUGUUGACCGACACCAUGUGACGUUACCCAGUUCAUUAUACUAUAUUAAUAUGGCCAAACCGUUGUCGUGUUAACGGGUUCCAUUGUAUCAAGUGUUUGCUUAUGUGUAAGUUUUCUUUUCAGUUGUGCCUCAACAAACGUUGGUUACACUGGUAGACCAUACUCUGUGCUUCUUGCUCCAAGAUGCUGGUGGCAUGGAAUGAUUCUUCAUGAACUUGGUUAGUGCUCUUUCAAUAAGUUUACAAGCUUCUAUUCUGGAUGCUAGCGCUUGUGACGACGAAUUACGCUGAUUGAGGAAAAGAAAGAUCAAUACUAAAUGAGUACCUUUGUCAUUUUAAGGUCAUGUUAUUGGAUAUUUGCAUGAACACACUCGUCCUGACCGUGACCGGUACGUGACAGUCAAAUGGGAGAACAUCAAAAAAGGUAAGUUACUAAGGAACAUUUCUGCUCGUGUAGUCUUUUUGAUUCCAAAUACCUUAGAAGUAUCAAACAAAGAAACACCAAAUGAUCUCUUUCCUCCAAUCGAUGCAGAUCAGGUUAAUCUUAUCCAGUUUGUGGAUUAUAGUACGAGAUCAAUGCGUGUAAAACGUCUUCUUCUAAACCUCGUCAAGAGACGAUUUUGUGUUUGUAUAGCGUGAACAAGUGCUUGGUGGGACAACGUACCGAGAGGCCUGACCAUUUUGGUCCGUAUAGCUGCAAAAAAAUUUUUGCUCGGUUUGCGAAUGCCUUCUAGUAAGUAAUUACCAGCUGUAGAUCGCAGUAGCGUCUCGUCUGGACUAGUGAUUCCAAACUGGAUACACCAGACCCAAUUCGUGUUGACGCAAAUAUCAAGUAUACGGGUUCAGCGUAUUUGGAUUCGUGUGGAAGUGGCCUUAGAGUCACGUCUACGGCAAACUUCAAACGUCAGAUUCAAGUUGAGAAUUUCUCAAAAUAGAAAACGUGCAGUUAAAAACAGUGCAAAACAAUUAUUAUAGACCAAGGCUAAUAUGAAGCUACUAAUCUUAGGGUAGACGUAAUGAAUAGUAAAGCACCUAUUAAGGAAAAAUUUGGUCAGGUGCUGCAAAUUUACGUUUGCUGUUUGCCGUAAACUUCACGUGCGAAAAAGGACCUAAAACGUGCUCCUAUACUACUUCCAUAAGAAAAGUGAAAAAGAAAGUAAGAUGGGCCUUGCAAUUAAGAAACCUGAACUAUUAACGAAUGAACAAUCCAUGAUGAAUAUCGAAAACCUGAACAGAAUUAGUUGACCGCCACGAUACUGUUUUUGGCCAAAUAAGACUUUCUCUAUUUUAUUAAGGACUUCCUUUUGAAUUUACACCAUGCAUAAUUGUGUUAAGAGAAAACACUUAAUUGAAACAACAAACGAGAACUCAAAUUCUGAAGGAAGGGGUUCCGUUAACCUGUUUUUUUAAAAAACAAGGUUAACCAGGUUAACUAAAUAAGCAAAUUAAAAUGAUUUCUAUCUAAUAACAAUAUUGCCGCCAAUCAAACAUACACGUCAAGUGAAUGUUUAAUAUACAUGCAAAUUUGAUACGCUUACGUUCACUGCAUUCUAGGCCGAGGAUGGGAUUUCCAAAGACAGAACAACAGCGACCCAAGUUCCUACGCAACUCCUUACGAUUACAGCAGCAUUAUGCAUUAUGGAGAUGGAUUUGCCUCUAAAAAUGACGAGAAGACCUUGGUACCGAAAAAAUCAGGGGUAAGAAGCAGGAAAAACCAUUUGUCUGUUUAAAAAUACUACAUUGUGGUUCAUUGCUGUUGAAACCCUGAAUUUCGUCUUUCCCGGCCUUCCCCUUCAACGUUGAUCUACGACGUUUAUGCUCGAGCAACUUAGUUUAUUCUAUUUUUUCGUGAAUUUAGAUGUUUCAAUUAUUUAUGAACGGGAUUGCAGACGUCUCCUGAACAAGAGAUUUGGAGAUCAGAAAUAUUUCUGCUUCAAAGAGUAAUAGAUUUUUAACAUACUCUUAUACUCUCGCUUUCUCCAGGUAACUAUAGGACACUGGGACUCCCUCAGUGAAAUCGACAUUCAGCAAAUCAAUUUACACUACAACUGUCCUGCAGGUUAGUUAAGUACUAUGACAUAUAACAUAUAUAACAGCAGGAGACACAACAUUUUUGAGUGGAGGCACUGGUCUUGGGAAUAUCAGAGUUCGACAAACCAACCCGCUCUAAAUGGAGUAUCAGGACUUCAAAAGGGGUUAGAGGAAUGGAGAUUUGAAACUCGAAGGGGAAGUGAACACUCGACGGUUAAGACAGAGCUUUUUUGUAUUCUAAACUCUUUGAAAAAAACAAAUGGUUUAUUUUGAUACAACAUUUAACUGGUAAAGGUCUUUGUAUUAAUUUAUAGCUUGCGAUGAUAAUCAGAGCGUUCGAAUACAAUGCAUGAGUCAAUCGAUCAUCAAAUGGCGUGGUCUUGAAAGUGAAAGCUGUUCUUUGUUUGUAGAUUCCUACAUCUUCGAAAAAUCCAUCUGCCAAGAUGAGAAGGACAAGAUCGAAUGUUACGGGGGAAGAAAAAUUAAGAUAACACUUGCCUACUACGGCAGGACAAAAGUGUUUAAAUGCGGACUGGGUUUCUCAACCAACUGCAAAGCAAAGGGAUCAGAAGAUAAGGUAACGCCAGUCAAACCCCGCGGACACCUCGUUAUUGCAGGCAUGCAGUGUUUUGCUGUGUCCCUGGGAAAAGAAAGCCCUUACAUUUUCUCUAAAUUCAACCCGCUUAAUACCGAUAUCCCGUUAAUAAGGACGCUUUCUAUGGUCCCAGCAAGGUCCGUAUUUACAGGGUUGACUGUAAUUCUUUUCACUGAAAAAAAAAAAACAAUAAGCAUAGGCUAAUCAUCGGAAAAGUUACGGUGAAGGAAAGUUUGGCAGAGAGUACGCUUGAAAGAUGCACAACUUUGUUAAGUUGUUAUACCUGUCAGACGGUAGCUUCAUCUGAAAUCAAAGUAUUUACACUGUUAUUCCUAUAAUCACCAGGCUCCAUUUGUUCAAAAGGUAGCACAAUUUGUUUCCCUAAUACUUAUCCACUGGAUAGUGAUUUAUCCGAUGGAUAGAGCUAUCCACCUUUUGACCAAAUGGCGCCAGGAAGGUGAUCUAUCAGUGGACCCAUUCUGUAAACUGCCUUUUCCAGGAUUUUUUCACAUUUAAUAGAGCUCCACCCACUGAAUCGUUCGUAGAAACCAUAAAUAUUUACGUCACACUUCCUUGAAGCUCUAACGAGGGGCUUGAGCUCGAGUCCUAUUUUGAAUCUCAGCUGGUAACAGCUUAGAAACUUAUUCCGUUACCAUGUAUUACUCAUGGAAUUCGAAAGUCAAAUCAGGGUGACUUUUUUAACGAAUGAUCACAUAUUAAAGUCACUCUAUUAACUAAAGUUUCUAUCUUGUUCUAUCUAUCACGUGGAAGCAGGGGGAAGGUUGGCGCAGUGGUGACAGCACUCGCCUCCCACCAAUGUAGCCCGGAUUUAAAUCCGCUACACCAUAUCUGGAUUGAGUUUGUAGUUACAUCUCUCCCUUGCUCCCUGACGUAUUUCUCCGGGUAUUCCGGUUUUUCCCUCUCAAAAACUAACAUUUUCAAAUUCCAAUUCGAUCUAGAACGCAUGAACACGUUUUAACGAAUUCUUAAGAACUCCUAAGUGCUUCAUGGGCAAACAAAUUACUGUCAAACCCGUUAAUACAGACACUGAGGGGCUAUAAAAAGUGUCCUUAUUAUAAUUAAUAGGGGGUCCGUAUUAAGCGGGUUAAAUUUAGAGAAAAUGUAAGGGCUUUCUUUCCCCAGGGGUAAAGCAAACUGUCCCUAAUAAUGAGGUGUUCCUAUAAAGCGGAUGUCCUAAAAGCGGAGUUUCACUGUACAAUUUACAAUUUGCAAUUUUUACAGAUAAAACGUGCUUGUGAUGGGAAAGUCUCCUGUGAGCUUCAUGCUUCCAAUGACGUUUACGGAAACCCUUGUCCUGUUUGGUCAUCCAAGUACAUCGAAGUCAAAUACAUGUGCAGUCCCUAA